CACAGCGAACAGCGUCCACAUAUGGCGCAACUGCUUGAAAUGAAGGAAUUGUAAAAAAAAAAAAAAAAAAAAAACUAACUUCUAGUAGCGUGGCCUAUGGGAGGGGUGUCCACAUGGCUGGACCCUGUUGCAAGAGUACAGUGUCCUUCUUGGUGAUCAAACGGACACUCUCCGUCCCUCCCCGGAGUCCUGUAGCUGCGGCGCGUCCCAUGCUCUUCGCUGGGCGGCUGGGCGAGCGCGGCGCUCCGGAAGGCUGCUGGGCCGCCCGUCCGAACGCCGUCAAAACCGCUGGUUCUUACCGUCACCCCGUGUUCCUGUGUUUCUCCUGCCAGGAAUCCAUGAGCGAGAGCUUGAAAACGUGUUACCUUUACCUGAACCAGACGAGUCGGAGUUUCGCAGCGGUAAUUCAGGCGCUCGACGGAGAGUUGCGUCACGCGGUUUGCAUCUUCUACCUGGUCCUGCGGGCCCUGGACACGGUGGAAGAUGACAUGAGCAUCCCGCUGGACAAGAAGGUUCCCAUGUUGCACAACUUCCACAGCUUCCUGUAUGAGGCCGAGUGGCGCUUCAUGGAGAGCCGGGAGAAGGACCGGCAGGUGCUGGCGGACUUCCCCACGAUUUCCGUGGAGUUCCGGAACCUGGGCCAGGAGUAUCGGGAUGUGAUAUCGGACAUCUGCCACCGCAUGGGGGUGGGCAUGGCUGAGUUCCUGGAGAAGAAAGUGGGGUCCUUGAAGGAGUGGGACAAGUACUGUCACUAUGUGGCCGGGCUGGUGGGCAUCGGCCUCUCCCGGCUCUUCUCCGCCUCCCAGCUGGAGGACCCUGAGGUGGGACGGGACACUGAGCUGGCCAACUCCAUGGGCCUCUUCCUUCAGAAGACCAACAUCAUCCGAGACUACCUGGAGGACCAGCAGGAGGGGCGGGCCUUCUGGCCAAAGGAGGCAUGGAGUCAGUUUGCUGCCCAGCUGGAGGACCUCGCCAAGCCACAGCACCUGGACUCCGCCUUGGCCUGCCUCAACAUGUUGGUGACUGAUGCCCUCCGCCACGUCCCCGACGUCAUCAGUUACCUGACACGCCUCCGCAACCAGAGCGUCUUCAACUUCUGUGCCAUCCCACAGGUCAUGGCGAUAGCAACACUGUCUGCAUGUUACAACAACCCCCAGGUGUUCCAGGGAGUGGUGAAGAUCCGCAAGGGCCAGGCUGUUACUCUCAUGAUGCAGGCCACCAACAUGGGUGCAGUGCGGGCCAUCAUCUCUCAGUAUAGCCAGGAGAUUCUACAGAAGGUGUCCCUCACAGACCCAACUCGGGACAAGACGUUACUGAUCUUGGAGGUGAUCCGCGAAAAGACUCUGUCCCAGGACACCCUCCCCUCCCGCGCCCACCACCUGUCCCCGAUGUACCUGUCGGCUGCCAUGCUGCUGGCCGCUGUGAGCUGGCAGUACCUCACGGCCACCACGGGACAGGCCUCAGGCUCCACGGACAUGCAGGGCCACUGAGAGGGGGCCAGUGGCACACAGACUGACAGGGCCUUCAGAAGGGCCCCUAGGAAGCCACCUGACAUCAUCUGUUUCCGACACACCCACUCGUGAUGGUCAUUGUAGGUCUCAUUGUAGGGGGUUUCGCUGGCAGUUUGCAGUAGUCAAUAUUGCUUUCUGUAAUACUUUCCUCACCUCCCUCGGCCUCAGUCACCUGCACUGGCCAGCAUGUUGUUCUCCUUUCUGGAACCCUCUAAUGAAAAUGACCACAGUCCUGUUCUGUUUAUCUUUCUUGCACCUGAGGUCAGUUCUUGUGAGGGAGAAUGACAGAAGGGUUGUGAGGGAUUGCCAUUUUAAAUUUGACAAACUAUCGAUUAUUGUCAUAAUUAUAAGCUCCUUUCUGUGUUAAUGUAAGCAGAUUGGAGGUGGUUCACAUAGCUUUGGAAAGGUUUUUUGAAGUAAGAAACACCUGUAACAACUCUGCUCGCUAAAGCAUCACUUUUGAAGAGUACUUAGACACAGUGGAGCUUGGGUGCACCACUUGUGGACAGGCAGAUCCAGUCACAAAGCACAAAGCACUUCUUUUCUGAAGAUAUUCUGGGUGUCAUGUGAGGGUAGUUCUGUUCUGCUUUCAUACACCAUGUAAACCAUGCUUCUGUCUAACUUCUGUAACCCAGUGCUUUUGCUUCAUGCGUUAAAAUGCACCUCUUCUGGGUGCAGCAAGCAUUUAUAAAUCAGUCUUGAAAGGGCCAUUGACUUAAUGUGUGCCCAACAAAACACUGUCUCUGAGGAAACAACAAAAUCAUUUCAUCUUCCAAAUACAUAUACAUGGAAGGUAAUUAUAAGGUGAACUAGCAGUCAUGUUUCAGCCAUAGGUAUUGUUUAAAUUUUUGUUUCCAUUGUAAGAGUUAAAGGGUAACUUCAGUGCAAAUUUAAAAUUGAAUAUAUUGUUCCUCACUUUCACUAUGAUGUCAUAUGCAUCCAUAUUGAAAAGCACUUGAUUUGUUUUGGUGAUUAAAAACAUGAUCUAAUCCACAUACAAGUUCCAGAGCACGUUGCUCCACUUCUUUCUCUCUCUGGAUGGCAGCAGGUUACAUUUACAAUUGGCAUUGGUAUCCAUUUAAAGAACAAAUGUUCUUGAUUACUUAACUUCGUAAACAAACUCCUAACACAGCCAAACUUUAAUUAGUCUACGUACACUACGUUUUGUGGCUCUGCAUGGAGUUGGGGUGUAUACCUGUUUUAGCUGUAGCUGUGCGCUAGCCUUACGCUAACAGGCUGAAGUAGUGUGACUGCUUCCAUAGUGCAUUCUGGGGACUGGGGGCAAAUGAAAAGUGAAAUUUUGUACAAUAAAAAUGUUCAAAAAUGUAAGCCUUUCGAUGACAAAAUGAAUGGCUAAAAUAUUUCAGAACAGUCACUUGUGUACAUGCUUUGAGGGCACAUAUAAAGACUGGAAAAAUAAAGUGACUUGUUUCAGUGAAUUGCAAAUAAAUUGCCUAUUCAUUGCUUGUGAAUAAGAGAGGGGACAUGUCGUGUGGAUGUCGUUGUCAAAAAAAUUGUGGAAGGAAAUGUGAUGUCCUUGCUGUGAAAGCAGUUUCUUGCUUUCUUGAUAUGCGUCACUACCAAACUGCAAGAUCAGGAACAUAUUCGGUUUUAGAUUUUUGAUGAAGUUACCCUUUAAGAUCACAAAGUUAUAAAACAGACAAACAAAUAACUACUGUGCAUAACAUGGAGGCAGUUAGAGCAAUUGCAGCACACUUUGGCUGCUAAGUGUUCUAACUGCAGAGAUUUGCUGUGUUAAAGCAAGAAGGAUUGUACUUUGUACAUAACCAGGGUGGCAAAUUAAUAUUGCCAUGCAAUGCGGGAUCUUGAUUUGUACAUAAUUGAUUAAACAAUAAA